UCAAUUAUCACUCAAAAUCCCAUCACCAUCCACCUCUUACGUCUACUGCUACUAAUGCUAAUAGAGGUUUUUCACGGUUCUCUCGGGCGCUGGUAGUAGAUUAAAGUAGCACUAGUGUCACUUCCACGAGCAAUAGAUCUACAGCUUUUUGCCGGACCAAGUAAUAAACCCUAAAAUUAUAUUGCUGGAGAGGAAAAAAAAAAAAUGGUGUACUCGUUAUCAGGAGUCCGCUUUCCCACUGUUCCGUCUUCGUCGUCACUGAACAAGUCGGUUCGAGCGAGUUUUAAUGCUGACCGGAAGAUUGAUCAUCUUUCUUUCUUCUUGAGAAACCGCUCUUCUUCACGGAAGAACCUUGCUAGCAGGUUGGCUUUUGACUCUGAAUCCCCUUCCUCUACAGUUGCUGCAUCCGGGAAGAUUCUUGUUCCAGGCAGCAACGUUGAUGAUUCCUCAUCAUCAAAAGAGCCAUCAGAGGUUCUUCAGACGGUUUUAGAAGAUCCUCAGGCUUCUAUUGACGCUUCAAAGAUGGGAAAUGAAAGUGAAAUUGAAGGUGAGGAGAAUUAUAUUGACCACACAGGUGGGUAUGGUGAAGGUGAUGAAGUGCAAGAUUCUGCAUCUUCAUUGCCUGUACAUGAAGAUGAAAAGGUGAAAGGUUUAACAGAUUCGGAAGUGGAGGAGAUGAUUAGUAGAGAAUCAGAACAAGUCAGAAAAAGAACCAUUCCUCCACCUGGAAAUGGGCAGAGGAUAUACGAGAUAGAUCCUCUUUUGAGAAAUUUUAGUGGUCAUCUUGACUACAGGUAUGGUCAGUACCGUAAACUGAGAGACGCAAUAGACAAGUAUGAGGGUGGUUUAGAAGCAUUUUCUCGUGGUUACGAGAAAUUUGGUUUCACUCGCAGUGCCACAGGAAUCACUUACAGGGAGUGGGCUCCUGGAGCCAAGUGGGCAACACUAAUUGGAGAUUUCAACAAUUGGAAUCCUAAUGCUGAUGUCAUGACUCAGAAUGAAUUUGGCGUUUGGGAGAUCUUUUUGCCAAACAAUGCUGAUGGGUCGCCCCCAAUUCCCCAUGGCUCUCGUGUAAAGGUACGUAUGGAUACUCCAUCUGGCCUUAAAGACUCGAUUCCAGCAUGGAUUAAGUUUGCUGUUCAGGCUCCUGGUGAAAUUCCAUAUGAUGGGAUAUACUACGAUCCUCCAGAAGAGGAAAAGUAUGUAUUCAAGCAUCCUCGGCCUAAAAGACCAAAAUCACUCAGGAUAUAUGAGGCUCAUGUUGGAAUGAGUAGUACAGAACCUAUCAUAAAUACCUACGCAAACUUCAGGGAUGAUGUGCUUCCCCGUAUCAAGAGGCUUGGUUAUAAUGCUGUUCAGAUCAUGGCUAUCCAAGAGCAUUCAUAUUAUGCUAGCUUUGGUUAUCAUGUCACAAAUUUCUUUGCACCUAGCAGCCGUUGUGGGACUCCAGAUGAUCUUAAAUCUUUGAUCGAUAAAGCACAUGAGCUUGGUUUGAUUGUUCUGAUGGAUAUUGUGCACAGCCAUGCGUCAAAUAAUACUUUGGAUGGGCUAAACAUGUUUGAUGGCACUGAUAGUUGUUAUUUCCACUCUGGCUCGAGGGGUUAUCACUGGAUGUGGGAUUCUCGUCUCUUUAACUAUGGACACUGGGAAGUGAUAAGGUAUCUUCUCUCAAAUGCAAGAUGGUGGUUGGACCAAUACAAGUUCGACGGCUUCAGAUUUGAUGGUGUGACUUCGAUGAUGUACACUCAUCAUGGCUUGCAGGUUGGAUUUACUGGGAACUACAAUGAGUAUUUUGGAUAUGCAACUGAUGUUGAUGCAGUGGUCUAUUUGAUGCUUGCAAAUGAUCUCAUUCAUGGGCUCUUUCCUGAAGCUAUUACCAUUGGUGAAGAUGUCAGUGGCAUGCCAACAUUCUGCAUUCCCAUUCAGGAUGGUGGGGUUGGAUUUGACUAUCGCCUUCACAUGGCUAUUGCUGAUAAGUGGAUUGAGUUGCUCAAGAAGAGAGAUGAGGACUGGAGAAUGGGAGAUGUUGUUCAUAUGCUAACAAAUAGAAGAUGGUUGGAGAAGUGUGUGGCUUAUGCUGAGAGUCAUGACCAGGCUUUAGUAGGCGAUAAAACUAUUGCAUUCUGGUUAAUGGACAAGGAUAUGUAUGAUUUUAUGGCAUUGGAUAGACCAUCAACUCCUCUAAUUGAUCGUGGAAUAGCAUUGCACAAAAUGAUCAGGCUAAUCACUAUGGGGUUAGGUGGAGAAGGCUAUCUAAAUUUUAUGGGAAAUGAAUUUGGGCACCCUGAGUGGAUAGAUUUUCCGAGGUUUGAUAACCGUCUUCCUGAUGGCAAAGUAGUCCCUGGAAAUAAUAACAGCUUUGACAAAUGCCGGCGUAGAUUUGAUCUGGGUGAUGCGGGUUAUUUGAGAUACCGUGGAAUGCAAGAGUUUGACCAGGGAAUGCAGCAUCUUGAAGAAAUCUAUGGUUUCAUGACUUCGGAGCACCAGUAUAUAUCACGGAAGAAUGAAGGAGAUAGAGUAAUUGUGUUUGAAAGAGGAGAUUUAGUUUUUGUCUUUAACUUUCAUUGGAAUAACAGUUAUUCAGACUACCGGAUUGGAUGCCUCAAGCCUGGGAAAUACAAGGUAGUCUUGGACUCGGAUGAUCCACUAUUUGAAGGUUUCAGCAGAAUUGAUCACAAUGCAGAGUUCUUCACAUCUGAAGGAUGGUAUGACAAUCGUCCUAGAUCAUUUUUGGUUUAUGCACCUGCUCGCACAGCAGUUGUCUAUGCUCCAAUAAAGGAUGAACAGGAGCCUAUUGAUGGAUAAAUGUCCGGCGCCCUGGUUGAAAAAUGCCUUGGUGGUUGUUUUGGCAAAUAACGAAUUUGAAGUCGGAUAUAUGUGAAAGAUGGUCGUUUUGGAGCGCCAUUGCCAGACUGGCAAUUUCUCUUGCUCUGCUCUUUGAAAGGGGAUAUGACGAAGGAGACGUGAGUUAUUCAAGGCAUGGAACUGAUAAUAAUGCUGAGCUUUAGAGCCUAAUAAGUCUAUUGUAGGCAUACUGGCAAAGCUCAGGAGAUAUCAUGUAAAUCAUCUUUUUAUAGCAUAGCCAGGUAGUGAGUGUGAGAGCAGCGAUUUGUUAGUUUGACCUUCGUACAUAGUAUAGCAAACUGGACUUGUUGGUUUUGAGGGUCUUUUGGUGGGACCGUGGUACAAGCAUCAGUCUUGUAUUGAUGUUUCCUUAGGCCCAUGCGUCAGGAUGUUUUAUUUUUGGAUGAUGUUUCUGUUUUUGUUUUCAUUUUGGGAUAUUUGCUUUCCUUUGUUAGGUUUCUGCCGUUUUGACUC